AUGGAUUCAUCAGUUCUAUCAAAUAUUCCUGUUGUUCUUAUAACAGGUUUUGGUCCAUUUCAUUCAGUAGUUGUUAAUCCAAGUUGGGAAGUAGCUAAGAUGUUAAAAACAUAUCUUGAAUGGAAAUGUCCAGUACAUAUUAUUAUCGAACAAAUGCCUGUAACCUAUGAAGAUGUAUCAACUAAAAUACCCGAUUAUUGGCUAAAAUAUAAUCCAACAUUAGUAAUUCAUAUUGGUGUUGCAGUAGGAGCAACAGAAAUUCAAAUAGAACGUUAUGCUUGUAAUAUGGAUUAUUGUUAUCCAGAUAAUAAUGGUACUUUACCAGAAACAGGUCGAUGUGUAAAAAAAGAUGCACCAGAAAUAUUAACAACUCAUCUUCCAAUAGCUGAUGUAUGUGCUCGAGUACAACGUCGAACCAAUGUACCUGUAUUAGUAUCUGAUGAUGCUGGAAGAUUUCUUUGUGAAUAUAUCUACUAUCAAUCAUUAUAUAUUGAUCCAAAACGAACAGCUUUUAUUCAUAUACCUGAUUCAAAUCGAAAUCUUACAUUAGAAAGUAUCGCUGAAACGACUCAAUUAAUUAUUUAUGAAUUACUUCGUUAUGUUGAUCCAUUACCUAAUUUAAAUCAAGAUGGAAAUUAUUUAAUAAAUCCUAUUGUAAAAAAACAUGUGGAUAUACCUAAUGAUAAAUCAAAAAUAAACGUGCUUUUAUAG